UGUUUACAAACGCUAGGUUACAUUAGUUUUUAUCUGUACUUCCGCUUAAAAAGGUCAAUUUUAAAACAGGGAUUGUCUACAUCAGCGACAUGCAUAUAAUCCCCAAAUGCCGAGUCUUAUUAAGAUGAAUUCUUAUGAAAAUUGCUCUUGCAAAGCACAAAGCUUGCGAAGUACAGGACAAUGUGACAAUGUCCACUUUGUAUAUUUGCGCACGGCUAUUUAAGGUAAUACGAUAUAGCUUUUGUCAGCAUAGACUUUGACAUGAAACUUCCUUUCGAUCUUUAACUGCCACAGCACGGUUGUGUUUGUGAGGCAAGCGAAGCCAAAUGUCUUUUUUUGGCAGUUUGGGGAAAACAAGCCAACCUACUCGCGAAACUGUUGAUACGUCAGGAUUGCCCAACUAUUCGUAUAGUUCUUUACUUGAAAAAGACGAAAUUGGGGAAGGUUGUUUCGCGGUUGUUUUUACCGCGAAGCCGCCGGACAAUGGAGCUAAGAUUGUUGUGAAGAAGCUAUUAGCGUCUGACAAUGAAGCUAGGAAGUCGCUGGUUAAAGAAGCACGACUUCUUAGCAAGUUGCAACACCCGAAUGUUGUCAGGUUUGAAGGAGUUUGUCUGGACAAGUACGCUGUGUUGCUUGAAUAUGUGUAUUUUGAUUUUACGCCAAUGGGAAACGACGGCAUCACUGUGCAUAGCUUAGCCAAUUUCUUAGCAGUUUGCGAACAAUCAGAUUGCCAUGGCAUGCAUUGCUCGAUAUUUAUUCAUUCUUCCUUGGACGUCGCGUUGGGUUUGAAGUAUCUGCACGAGAAAGGGAUUGCCCACCGUGACCUGAAACCUGAAAAUAUAUUGGUGUCUAACCACCAUUACAAUCGUCUCACAGAUACACGAGCAGUCGAAUGCAUGGCUUCCAUUAAGCCACUCAUAUGUAAGCUGACCGACUUUGGUGAAAGUCGAUCAAAAGACAUCCACACCGAGCAAAUCCUAAAAUCGAAGACCGCACGGGUAAACCGAGGUGAGACCCCUUAAUUUAAUAACAAUGUUUGAAUCUUGUCGAUCUAAAGGCCAUGUUACAGGCCAAUGGAAUUAAAUUAAGGUAUCAGUUUACCAACACCCGCCCGCGUCUACUUUUGACAGCUGCGUGAAAUUUUCAUUAUUUUAUAUUUUCUCAUUAUUUCCAUUUCCCCCAAUCUUUAUAGUGUUUGAUAAAGCUAUUUUAUGCAAUACAUCAAAAUUCACUUAACAGAUGCAUUCGGAAUUGGUUUGAAAUAAGACCACUACAAGACCACACUUUGUAGAAAUAAAAAACCCCGGGAAAUUGGUUUGUGAUGGGUGUCCGUCUUUUGCAUCUACUAAGUUAUGUGCGCAUGCGGUCGCAGCAUUGGAGAAAGCUGGCGUGCUGGAAAAUUAUGUUAAAUGGUUCACCAAGAAUGGUCCAACAACAACGAACUUAACAUCACUAAUAACGUACGAUAGCAGUAAGGAUACUGGGAAAAAGUUAACCAAAGCAUCUACAGCAAGACGAAAAGGAGGCAGAGGUGAUAAAUCGAAAUUUAGUAAGUAUACAAAGUUUGAAGACGUUUACAUGAAUAGCCUUCGAAUAACAAGCUUUCAAAAAUCGCGAUAUUUACUGUGAAAUGUAUUGUAAUUUCGUUUUUGGGACGCGCGUUCCAAAAACAAUCUUUUAAUCAGCAAUUUCAAAAUUUUCGAAAGCUUAUUAUUCGAAGGGUAUUCAUGUAAACUUCUUCAAACUUUGUACACUUACUAAUUUUAAGGUGGUCUUUUUAGUUAGUUACUUGGUUCAUUUCUUAAUUUGGGCACUUUUUAACACUCGUCCCCAGUCCUCCCAUCAACUUUGGAAUGGCUAAUGUAAGCUGACCGUCCCGUCCGUCCACCGCACGUCCAACAGGAAGUUUCAUGAAAAGUAUAAUUAUAUCGUAUUACCUUUGACACAGCGCGAACAGCAAAUAGCCGUGCGCUAGUAUACAAACUAUUACAAAGUGGACAUUGUUUUGUACUUCGCAAGCUUUGUGCUUUGCAAGAGCAAUUUAUUCAUUAGAAUUCAUCUUAAAAAGACUAGGCAUUUGGGGUUUAUAUGCACGUCGCUGAUGUACCUUUUUAAGCGGAAGUACAGAUAAAAACUAAUAUAACCUAGCGUUUGUAAACAACCUGCAAACUACUGGUUUCGUAUAUACUUGGACAUUUGACAUCGACAAAGCCUGUCUAUACCGGAAUCGUGUCACUGUAAUGAGUAUUUCUCUCAACUUUAGUAUUGUUUACAAUUAUAAUCAGAUUGAGAAUGAAUGCGCCUCGAUUACAUCCUACGAAAUAGUUGGAGCUUUGUUUAUAUACGACAUUGGCAAGUAAGUUAGUAAUCCUUAUGUAUUAAUAUUUCCUAGUACGAGUUGUUUUAUCGCGUUCAAAUACUCACUCGAUUAUUUGCGCAAAUGAAAUUGGACGCAAGUUUGAGCAGAUGUCCAACGUAUUUAAUUAGAUUUUUCAGCGUUACAAAGGUUCGAAAAACCCCGCAUUUCCACAAUUUAAUAUUUUAUCAUUUUUUCGACAACUUAUUACGAUUAAUAAUAGUCUUAAUUACAUUUCCUAAAAAACGCGGAUUUGAUCCCCCCCGUCCAUCCGCUUGUCCCCCGUCCGUCCGUCCGUCCGUCCGUCCGUCCGCCAUCCGUCCGUCCGUCCGUAUCCGCGUUUUAUCCUUACCCAGCGAAUUUCAUUGGCUAUCUUAAAAUAGCCCAUGCGUUUCCUGCUCAAACAAUGCCUGGGUAAUUCGAUAUUUUCGGCAAUCGUUGCCGAAAGUUCAAGCAUUUCAACUUUCCGCAACGAUUGCCAAGAAUAUCGGGUUGCAAUUGCGUUACCGCGCCAGAUAUGUUACACGGGCAAUUUCAUGAUUCGCGCGAGUAACGCAAUGAAAUUUAACCCGUUGCGUUGCCGGCGCGAGAAAAAAAUCGCACGUGUAACUGGACCUUUAGUCUGUCGUACAUCAUGCAUUUUAAUUAAACACGAAUGCACAUCGCGUGUUUUUCGGACUGACCGCGUUGAUAUAAAUGUAUGGAGAUUAUGUAUGCAUAGAUAUUGUACUGAUAUAAGUAUGCGUUAUAAACCGAGAAUAUAACUUAUAUAUUUAACCCUUAACCCAGGGGCAAAUAUAGGACUAUAUCUCAAGUUCGCAUUUGAAGUUCUUGGUUGUUGAAGAGGUUUUCGAACAAGG